AUGGAUGGGAGCUUUAAUUGUCACAAGCCUAUGUGGGAUGAUGCCUCUCACCAUUAUUUAUUCACAGGACCCAACCUACAGUGCUCAGCCACCCUCAUCAACCUCCUGACCAAAUAUGACAUGUGCAUGGCCCUUGCCAGAGGCAUAGCAACACUGGAGGCUUCCAAUACCAAGAAUCACAUAUGCCAAGAUCAUGAUGGAAGUUUAGUUCUACACCUCCUCCAAAUCACAAUACUAACAGCCAUUGAAGUGACAUUCCCAAUGAGCAAGCCCUCUCCACAUGCCAAACACCAGUGGUCACUGGAGCUCAAUGCCAAAAACCAGGCACUGAAGAAACUAGCAAGAAAAACCAAGAAGCACCACAAACUUGACCAUCCAAUACACAAAGAGUACUGCAGGGUAAGGAAUAAAUUCUUGGAGCUGCAGAAGAGCACAACAGAAGAGCACUGGAAGGAAUACCUGGAGAGUGUUGACAAAGGUCAUAUCUGGGACAUUCACAACUUCCUGAUUGACAUACCAGCUGAUUGA